AUGACGACUGCUGCCCACCAGUCCGCAACCACCGCCUUGGCCUUGGCCGCUGCCCUGGCCCAUUUCGCGAGUAGUGGCGGCAGUGUCAGCCUUGGGCACAACAAGACCGCGCUUGUUGUGUGCAUGGCAGCGUUGUUGGUUGGGGGAGCUUGGGCCGAUUCAAGCCCGGCAAUGGCGGCAACCGCUGACGACCUCGUCAUCGGGGAGGAGGCUUGCAGCAGCCGCUGGGACGCCAACUGUGACGGAGACACGAUGGACGAGGUUCUGUUCUGGCUGGUCUUAUGGAUAUGGAGAGGCUACAAACUCUACGCGUGCGCGCGGAGCGUGCGGGCUGCGGCUGUGUGGCUGACAGGAACAGCCUUCUUCAUCGAUGCGAGGAGAAGAGCGUCGUCGUUUCUCCUUCGCAGGGGGGGGGCGGCUUUGCGGGCAGCAGCUCGCAUGCCGCCACUUGGUGGCCUGGGAGGGGGCGGUGGCGUUGCCGUCCCCCCCAUCAUGCGGAACUUGGAGGAAAAGGAGGACGAUGUUGAGCUUGCCGUCAUCUCGCCGCGGUCGCCGGUAGCGGCGGCGGCGGUGGCGGAGCAGCAUCCGCUUCCUUUGCCGCAGUGAUCGUCAGCCGGGCGCCGUCACCGCCGCCGCCGCCGCUGCCGCCGCUGCCGCCGGCGACCACGUCCGGCGCGUCCCCGUGUUGGCGGAUUAGAAAACGUGUCCAUGAGUACAGGAUGGGAGGGGAUGGCACAGCUAGCCGUGCUGACGCGGUGGAAACGUGCCUAUAGGGAUGUUAUAUAGUACAGGAUUGGCGACGAUAGCACAGCUAGCCAUGUUGACCGGUGGAAACGUGCCGCCUAUAUUGAUAUUUGUUAUUACAGUAGUACAGGAUGGACGAGGAUAUUGUAGCACAGCUUGCUCAGAACGGGCGUCGUGAUGAUGGGGGGGAAACGUGCUCAUGGGGAUGCUAAUACGGAGUAUAUAGGACAGGGAUUGGCGAGGAUUUCAUAGCUACAUGCAUAGCUCGCCGCGCCGGCAGCCGGGGGUUGGAUGUGACUCCCGAAGUGGGCCAUACACAGCGGAAUGGUUUCUCGUUUUAUUUUCACACGAACGUGUUGUUGCCGUGCUGAGUCUUUUGGACGCGGCGCGCAUAGUCACACCAUUUCGUAUCCCAUGAUGGCUCGUCCUCUUCACGUCUAUUUACCUGAUUUUGUACAUAGUUUGCUCUUGGUUGAGCGUGCACGUAGCAGUAAUGCCGCCGCUUGGGCGAGCGAGAGAGGAUGUGUGUGUGUGUGUGUGUGUUUAUACCCUUGACAACGACAGCUUUCAGCUUGUCGUCAUUUCCGACAGUCAUGGACCGCCUCCCUUCUAUAGAAACGUUGAGCGCUGUUGUUUACCUGCCAGCUGAAAUGAGCCAGCUAACAGAAUUGGCUGUCGAAGGUCGGUCGACACGGUUACGAUGGUUGCUGGUGGAAGGGUAAGGAAUUUGAAGACGAUCAACCACACCUGUCUGUCCGUCUUUCGGAGUUGGGCGUGUGAUGAUGUCUUGUGCCGCGGGUGCGAACGUUUGCAACAGCAGCCAGUCGUUCAACGAACAUUAUUCCGAAGUGAGCGGGCAUGAGUGAGUGCCCACUGCACUAUCGAUCGUUUUGGCUCUCUAUGCCAACGACAUUUACCUUUGGGUGGA